AUAAAUGUCAUAAAACCACUUACCAUAUUUGCCAAUGAGGUGACGUGUUUUUUUUAAAAUAGAAGGGUCAUUGCGCACGUAACAGUUGUCAAUCUAGUUCGAAACGCUCUGUAGAGGAUGAGGAUGACAGCUUCUCCAAACACAGAGGGAGUGAUUGUUUGAAGACUGAAAAAAUUGAUAUUGUAGUAUGGAAAAGCUAGCAGAGAAGUUAUGGAGAGUGAUAAAGAGCAAAUGGUUUGUGAUCGUAGCAGGAGUGUGGAUCCAAUGCACCAGUGGAUCGUCCUACACUUUUGGUCUCUACUCAGAGACCCUAAAAUCCAAUCUUAAUUAUGAUCAGUCUACUUUGGAUACUAUCAGUUGGUGCAAAGACAUUGGCGCAAAUAUUGGGAUACUAUCAGGUUUUGUUUAUGGAAUAUCAUACCCAUGGGUUGUGCUCUUAGCAGGGGCGCUGCAGAAUUGUGUGGGGUAUGGGAUGAUAUGGCUCUCUGUAACUCACAGAAUUCACCGCCCUGCGCUCUGGCAAACGUGUGUCUACAUGUUCCUUGCUGCACACGCUCAGACAUUCUUCAAUACAGCCGUGGUGGUCACAAGUGUCAACAACUUUCCUACCUACAGAGGGACUGUCAUCGGCCUUAUGAAGGGUUUCCUUGGAUUAAGUGGUGCUAUACUUGUACAAAUUUAUCAUAUGGUGUACGAGGGUGAUCAAAGUUCAUAUCUCUUCAUGCUUCUUUGGUUGCCCACACUUGUGUCUGUACUGCUUAUGUUUGUACUACGGAUAUAUCCAACUCAUGAAGAUGAUGGGAAGAAAACAUUGGACUGGUUUUCUGCCAUUGCAGUGAUAGUUGCUUCUUACCUAACGGCAGCUAUCAUAUUUGAGAAUGUCUUGCUUAUGGACUCCUUGAGUUAUUUGAUCAUUUGUUUGGUUCUUAUCAUCAUUCUGCUAUCCCCUAUGUUAGUGGCUAUUAAGUCUGAACUUGAUUUUUCUCCAGUUGUGCCUCUUUCUACACCACUAUUAAUUUCACAAGAAAACUACCCAGAAGAAAUCCCCUGCCAAGCAGAAGUUGCAGAGAAAAGGCAUCCAGAAAGUGUAGUUGGGUUUGAUUCCGGUAUUGCUGAGGUAGACUCCCAAAGAAAGCAAAGAGCUCUCCCAUCAAGGAGUCUAAUGUAUUCUGAAAUAAAACAGAUCCAAGAUGCAGAGAUGUGCUCAGAUGGUUCCAAUGAUGUACCUCAAGUAAAUGGCGGGAAUCUGAAAAGAGGACAAAACUUCAAUCUCAUUCAAGCAAUGGGAACUGUAGAUUUCUGGCUUCUUUUUGUAUCAAUGGCAUGUGGCAUGGGUUCAGGUCUUACUACAAUCAACAAUAUGAGUCAGAUAGGCUCAUCUCUUGCUUACACAUCUACAGAGAUUAGCACGUUAGUGUCUUUGUGGAGCAUAUGGAAUUUUCUGGGCCGUUUUGGAGCUGGUUUUGUAUCUGAAACAUUUUUGCACUCAAAAGGUUGUGCAAGGCCCAUAUUCAUAGCCAUAACCUUGCUAGUAAUGAGUGGUGGGCAUUUAAUCAUGGCAUCAGGCCUGCCAGGUGCCCUGUAUGCAGGUUCGGUAGUAAUUGGUGUCUGCUAUGGUUGUCAAUGGUCUCUGAUGCCUGCAACAACUUCAGAAAUUUUCGGACUUAAACAUUUUGGUACCUUAUUCAACGCAAUUGCCACUGCAAGUCCCAUUGGUUCAUAUGUUCUUUCAGUAAAAGUUGCUGGUUAUCUAUAUGAUUCAGAGGCAGAGAAACAGAGACAUUUAAAAAUUGUGCAUAUUGUAGGUUUAGCUGAAUCGUCAGAGCUAACAUGCCAUGGUUCACAAUGCUUCAGACUAACUUUUCUUAUCAUGUCUGCAGUAAGUCUUUUGGGUUGCUUUAUUGCACUGGCAUUAUAUCAAAGGACCAGAAAGUUUUAUGAAAGGGAAAUAUUUGAGAAAAUUCAUUCCCAGAGUUGCCCCACUGAAAAGUGAUGUAAUAUUACUUGGGAUGCGAAAGUGCCAUUUUUAAGAUUGAAGAUUUCUCCCUUUAGAGCAUUUUAAUAUAACUAGAGAUGGUCCAACAACUUAUAUGGCAGUUGUACCCUGAGUAAGUUAAAAUAUAUUUCCACUUUGGUGUUACAAUAUUUUCUAUAGAAUGGCAGGAUUGUUCAUUCUGUACUGGAAUAAGAACAGCUGUAUACAAAAUUUUAAGAGAGAUUUAUUGACCAAAAUAUCGAGGACAGUUCUUAUGAGGCAGAAGGAUCUGCAUUGGUAUAUUAAAUAAGUGCCACCAGAAUGCCGAAAUGAGUUCGUGCAAGAAAGUGGGAUGUAUACAAAAUAGAGAAAAAUGGCUUGGAUAAGUGACAGAACGAUGGCAUCAGGUCCAUAAGAAGGUGCCAAAGUCUUGGAACAGAAACACAAUUGAAAACAUCCUGGCAAAUUCCCAAAGCAGCAAUGUUUAGAGCACUGUGAGAAAACUUUAUUUUUAUGUUUGGUAUGUUGGUUGUGUUUAUAUGUUUUCUGUGGCACAGAUGUCGAUCAUCAUUUGCAGCUUGUAAUUAUCUGCCUUUUUUGCAUCUGUCUUCGAUGGGAAUCAUUGUUUAGACUGUGUGAUGGUUUUACAAGUUGGAAUUUUUUUUUCUCGCAAUGUGUGUACAUCCGACAAUAAUAUAUUUGGAAACAGGUAUGCUUUUGGGGUC